UCCCAGAAAGGGCAGCCAAGAAGUCUGGCGAGAAGCAGGAAGUGAAGCUUUCCGCCCUUUAUUUCUGCAGAGAGAGAAAGUUCACACUUGGGACUGAGGCCCAAAGGAAGGGCCCAGAGUAGGAGAUGCCUCAGGCCCUCCUGGAGCCCCUGCUGCUGUCCAUGACUGUCAUGACACCCUGCCGGAAGCGCUGCCUGUGCCGCUCGGCCCAGCUAUUGGUCGGGCUGCUGUGCAUCCUGGCCACCCUCUUGGUUCUCAGCUUCCUGGCCGCCAUUCGUCAUGAGGAGCUGCUCUCACGCUCAGUGCCCUUCCUGAUGGGCAGCGGUGUGGGGAAGCGACACAUAGACACCCUGCUCCUGCCGCCACCCAACGCCUUCCCGCUUUCCCCAUUGCCCUGUGCCCUGACGGACCCCUGGCUACUGGUGCUAGUGGCCAGUGCGACUGGGCAUGCGGCCCGGCGGGCAGCAGUGCGGCAUAGCUGGGGGAGUGUGAGGGUGACAGGAGGGCGCAGCAUGCGCACCGUCUUCACGCUGGGGCUACCUGGGGAUGUGGCGCAGCAGGCAGCACUGGAGCAUGAGGCGGCCGAGCAUGGCGACGUGUUGCAGGCACGCUUCACCGACACCUACGCAAACCUAACACUGAAGACGCUGGCGAUGCUGGGCUGGGCUACCACCCACUGCCCCACCGCCCGCUUCCUGCUCAAGGCUGACGAUGAUGUCAUCCUCAACCUGCCUGCCCUGGUGCGAUACCUGGAGCGGCUGGCCGGCCCACCCACUGCCUAUCUGGGCCAGGUUUACUCACACGUGGCACCCAUCCGCGACCCACAUAGCCGGUACUACGUGCCCACCUCUCUCUACCCGGAACCCACCUUCCCACCCUACUGUAGCGGCCCUGCCUAUGUUCUCUCUGCCCCAGCCGCCGCGGCUGUUCUGGGUGCUGCACGCCAGCUGCCGCUGCUGCCCAUAGAGGAUGUGUUUGUGGCGUUGUGCGCCCGCUAUGCUGGCAUUGCCCCGCACCACCUGAAGUAUAUGGCCGGGGCUACCCACUAUCCGCCUGAUGCCUGCUGCUACUGGGAGGUGCUCUUCAGUGUGCACGAAGUGCCGCCUGACGAAAUGCUGUCCAUGUGGGAGGCAGCUGAGCACCCGUGCACCGCCUGGCAGCGCUUCCUUGGCCUGAUCCGCUGCCAGGUACUGGCCUGGCUGGCCAUGGAGGACACCCCGUGACUGCUUUCCCACCCACCCACCCCCGAGGACCAUGGGAGGAGCCCACCUGGGAGUGGCUAUCCGGCCUUGGACAAGCAAAGGGAUUGACUGACUCAUGGAAGCACUGCCAGGAGCUCCGCCUAGGACCCCACAGCUGCCUGCCUGGAUGCUGAGCUUCCCUCUUGGGUCUGCAGGUCGAGACUCUGCCAGCCAUGAGAGUGCCAGGCUGCCCUGGUUGACUCUCCGGCCGAUAUGGGCCUUAGACCUGAAAAACUGAAGGAAGGACAAAGGGGUCCGCCUGGUCAGUGUUUGUUUAGAGGUCAUUCAUCCCCGACUGGGGUACCCUCCUCUCUUUGGCAACCGGAGGUCAAAGUGGACUUUUGACAGCAUCAGCAACAAUGGAGAGAUUGCCCCAUAGAGCUAUGGGUGGGGCCUGAAGGGGCUUGGAUGUCACGUGGGGCUGUCUCUGGCGGGAUGAGAUGACUCAUGGUGCCCAGGUGGGCACAGAUAGCUGGGCGUGGCUGGAUCGGCGCAGAAUUUGCACUGGCUAACUGGACAUGGGGACAAUUCUGGGAGAAUGACCUUGUCAGCUUUGGAAGCCAUAUUAGGCCGGAAGCUUCCAUGCUGCCACCUUCUGGUGUGUGGGAAAGUAGGAGGAGGGCUUUAGUAGAGGGGUUUUUGGUAGACAUAAUAGCAUUCUUCCUGUCGGUCAAGGUCAGGGCGAACUGGCAUCUGGAGAAGGAGUGGUCAGAGUGCUGAGUCGAGAUGGGACGGACGUUGAUUGGGGCAUGUGAUGGACUGGAGGGAGGGGGUGGUUUUGGGGGUUUUGAUUUACUGAGGGAAAACCUGGAACUCUCAGAUUCGGGUUUUCCCCGAUGUGCCAGUUUGCCUAUUCUAGUAAAGAGAACUUUGGAAAAUGCUGGCUUCAGAGUCUUUACUCGGAGUGGGGUUUUCUGGAACCCUGACAGACUUCUCAUUUGGCAUGCUGGGCACUUGUCUGCCUACACACCAUUCCGAGUGUGGGAAAAUUUAUCCCCAUCCGUGCUGGGAACCUGCCAAUUGUGCCCGGGCUUGAGGAGGAUGAUUUCUCCUUUGGGGGAGCUGUGUGCGUGAAGACAUACUCACACCAUUAUGAAUUUGGGGACUUUUAUAAACUUUCCUUCCUCACCGUGCUUAGCAAGCUGGAGGCUCCACUUUGGGGCACAGAUUUUUAAUUCUGCAGAUACACGGGGACUUCAUUGUUCCUUUUUCCCUUCAACGUUGCUUUUGCAGCACCUCCCUUUGCAAACGUCCUCCAGAACAAACUUUUAAUGCCCUGUGAUAGCCACUCCCUGCUGGUCCAUGAUCUGCAUCUCACUGGCAGCUUGUGAUGCCACAAUAAGGCAAGUCCUCAAGCUUGGAAUGGUGUGUGUGUGUGUGUGUGUAGGUUCCUUCUCCGAGCUUGUGGGUUGGUUUCUGAAAGUUUCAUUACCAGGCUGUGUAGCAUCUUUAGCAGAGCUUGGGGGAGUGUAAAGUGUUCCUCUGCUUAUAAUGGCUCCGUGUGGUCAGUAGGUCUUGUGAGGUCACGUCAGGUCACAUAGGAUCAGGUCUUGUGGUGGGUGAGGUAUGGAUUGCGUCUGGAGGGCUCGGGAUAGGGGUUGCUCCUCUAUCCUGGUCCUGUUAGACCUCUCAGCGGCUUUUGAUACUAUCGACCAUGGUAUCCUGCUGCGCUGGUUGGAGGGGUUGGGAGUGGGGGGCACCGUUUUGCGCUGGUUCUCCUCCUAUCUCUCCGACCAGUCGCAGUCGUGAAGCCGCUGGGUGAGAUAAUCCGUGGCUUUGGGGUGGAGUUCCAUCAGUACGCUGACGACACUCAGCUGUACAUCUCCACCCCAGGCCAUCCCAAUGAUGCCCUUGAAGUGAUGUCCCAGUGCCUGGAGGCCGUGCGGAUCUGGAUGGGGAGUAACAGGCUCAGACACAACCCUUCCAAGACCAAGUGGCUGUGGCUUCCGGCGUCCCGAUAUAGCCAGCUGGUGCCAUCGCUGGCUAUUGGGGGCGAGUUAUUGGCCCCCACGGAGAGGGCUCACAACUUGGGUGUCCUCCUGGAUGCACGGCUGUCUUUAGAAGAGCAUGUGACGGCUGUGGCCAGGGGGGCUUUUUAUCAGGUCUGCCUGAUUCGCCAGUUGCUUCCCUUUCUGGAUCGGGACUCCUUAUGCAGAGUCACUCAGGCACUUGUCACUUCCCGCCUGGACUACUGCAAUGCUCUCUACAUGGUGCUCCCCUUGAGGAGCACCCGGAGGCUCCAACUGGUGCAGAAUGCGGCCGCGCAGGGGAUUAUGGGAGCCAGGGGGCACUCCCAUGUGACACCUCUCCUGCGUGAGCUGCAUUGGCUUCCAGUUGUCUUCCGGGUGUGCUUCAAGGUGUUGGUUACCACCUUUAAAGCGCUCCAUGGCAUAGGACCUGGGUAUUUGCAGGACCGCCUUCUGCCGCCGAUAGCCCCCCACCGACUCAGGGUGUCGUCAGCCAGGCAAUGUCGGCUGGUGACCCCCAGGGGGAGGGCCUUCUUUGUGGCAGCUCCUGCCCUCUGGAACGAUUUGCCCCCGGAGAUACGAAGGAUAUUGGAUCUCCCGGUCUUUCGCCGUGCCCUAAAAACUUUUCUUUUCCAUCAAGCAGGGCUGGCGUGAACCCCCCC